AUGAAAUCGGUGACUCCUGAGCUAGGACCUUCUCAGGUCGCAGAUGAGGAGCCCAGUCGGAAGAUGCGCGAAACUUGCAACGCCUGCCAAGCAGCGAAGAUAGGCUGUGGACACCAGCGUCCCACGUGUGCAAGAUGUGAGAAACAGGGUCUUGCGUGCAUAUACUCCAUGUCACUUCCAUUGGGAAGACCUGCAAAAAACAAGACCAAGCGUUCCCGGCCAGUCUCCGGCGAGCAGAUAAGAGGUCUUCAUUCUGGCUCUGCUAAUCGUGCCAUUCGACAGGGGAAUUAUAAGAAGGACUCUAGGAAGGAGCGAAAACAGAGUCCCAUGGUAAGCAAGGAGGAGGCUCUAUCACACAAGAGCGACUCGAGCCCCGACGAGGUCACAUCCGAGGUUGGUUACUCGCAGCUGGCUGGUUGUACGGAGAUUUCGGCAGUUGGGUUCUUUGAGACUGGUGACCCUAUCGGGGACUGGAUCCUGGAGCAAGAAUGCGCCAUUGCAGGCGGAGCCGGGCCGAUUGACCAUUCAGAGUUCUUCAAUAACUUCACCUUGGAGAAUAGCUCGAAAACGGACAGCCCCAUGUUCCACGCAGGAUUUAAGCCACCAUGCAUGCCAUGGACUCAAUUUUCAACGCAGAACCAGGUUCUUCCCGCGAUUGGUCCAAUGGCGGACGCAUCUCUCACAAUUCAAAUCAUGGAUGGAGGAUUGAACUUUGCCAAUGUAAUCCAAACAGAUUCUUAUUUUCCAGGUGUCUUUUGCAACCGAGGGUCCUUCGUUGCACACGAGCAAGAGGCUUCCUAUCCAAUACAGGACCCAUGGAGAGUUCCUGGGAUGCCCCCCAGUAACAUCUUCUCGGGCCCUAUGGACACUGACAGCAUUGAUCAAUCUCUUUUGUCAGAAGAGAGUGAUUUCGAUUCAUUGUCCGAAGGAACCUCUUCUCUUCGCUGCGACUGCCACGAAUUAGCAUCCAGCGAAGUUGUGCGAGCAGUGGAGUCAAUGAGUACCCGGAGGAUGCUGUUUCACCUGGGAAGGGUACAGCAACAGGCAGAAAGGAUUCUCAAAUGUCCCUUUUGCAGCGUAUCAAAGUCCCGGGCUAAUGUCUUCAUACUCAUAGUCAUGGCGAUUGACACGGUGCUGCCGAUAUUGGAGAUGACGGCAAGGUCAGCCAGUAUCGGUGUGGGUGCAGAGAUUCGGGCGCCUCGGGGAGAAGUGGUAGACCUCAGUCAGUCGCGCGCGUGUCUGUCUAAUUUGUCAUCUGUUGUUCGCCAAAUUUGUAAAGUCUUGCUUUCUGCCUCCCCCUCUGAUGGGCAGUUGGCUUUGGCUGAUGAGACGGACCGGCGACUGCGGUUGAUUAUUCAGUCGAUUGAGUGA